CACAUCUUUUACUUCGGUAGUAUUGUAAAAAAUCAAUUCAUUCCAAUUACCUUUUGUAUGGAACCCUCGUUAAUGUAACAAGAAAGUGCAUUAAUAUAAUAAAUCGCUAAGUAAUUGGGAAGGUCACUAUAAACUGUUGAGUGCCGUAGUUGACCGGUGCGCGCGCGCAAGCCACACGUGUUCUAGAGGCGAACGAAUUCCCGCUCCAGAUACGGAAACUUCGCUUAGUUUUACACUGUGAUUACCGCCGCCAAUAUUCAAAAAAUAACUUUAAAAAUAUCAUGUUCUAAAUUCAACUUAAAUGCAAUAAAUUCUACCAAAACCAUGUUUUUGCUACUGAUCCCUGAAAAAGUGGAUAUGUCCUUAUCAAUACAGUAGUAUCCAGUGUGCUAAGUACUGACGACCUGCCGCGAAAUGAGGAACAACCUUACAUGGGUUCUCUUUCUGAUACUACCAUGUGUGUCGGUGUGGGCGCGGCCGCUGGAGCCGGCAGGGGCGGCCACUAUGUCCGUCGACGCAGUCAAUAUGCCAAAGCUGGAAGACGCUUCCGAACCCGAGCAAGUCAUAUCUGUAAGGAUCACCUCUUCCGUCGCAGUCGGCCGUGGGAAAAACAAACCCAGGACUCACGAAAACAAACACAGAACUAGUACUGAAGGUUAUUCGUCUUCUAUAAUUACUGUGAACUCGUCUACGGACAAGCACACGGCUCCGACAGACGCUACGAUGGCGCCCGAGCUUGCCGGAGCCAACAUAGAAUUCAUCAAACAACUACAUUCCAAAAAAGAAUCCAGAGGUCUCCAAAACUUUGAAGGCAUCCAUACAUUUCCAUCCAACAUAGAAAAUCAAUACUCUAAUGAGACCGACUCCAUAGCCGAGCCCUCUGUAAAGUCUGUUUUAGAAGUUGAAACCGAUGAAGACAACGAGAACAUUGAACAAAUUCCACUAGGAAGGUCACUGUCACUAUCGCCGGCACCGAAAAAUUUUAUUCAAGGUCUAACUCAUAAACCGAGCGAAAGGGGGAACAAUCCGAGAUUAACGACUGUAAGUUUUAACAUAUUGCAUGACAGGUCUAAAGUGACCGGUGAUUAUAGUGAACCUAGUGACACGUACAACACGCAGCGCAGCGUCGAAGUGCCGAAGUUUUAUAACGAGCCUGCUAAAGUGUACAGUCAGCCUGCUCAGGUGUACAGCGAGCCUGCAAAGUUCUACAGCGAACCGGCUAAAGUGUAUAGUGAGCCUGCUAAAGUGUAUAGCGAGCCGGCAAAGGUUUAUAGUGAGCCUGCGAAGAUUUAUAGCGAACCUGCGAAGUUUUACAGUCAGCCUGCGUCGCUGCAUCUACCAGCUGGAGACUACAAGCCGUGGCAGCCGACUCCUGUUCCAAUGAGCUCUGUAACCACGCCUAUAAACGCGGUUACUAUGACGACCGUGACGCCGAGUAAGCAGCGGAUAAUAGAACAAAUGCCAGAGAAAAACUACGAGGUAGAUGAGAAACUAAGCGUGUUGACGGAUGGUCGGAGCCACGGCGUGCAAGAGUCUAGUACGGAGAGCUGUAAGCAGGAGAAUUGCAAGGUGGGGUACGUGGUAGAAGGGAGGCAGUACCGCAAGUACCGGGUGGAGGAGCGCACGGCUGAUGGGUUUAUCGUGGGCGAGUAUGGCGUGGUGAGGCACGAGGACGGAGCGCUGCGUGGAGUGAGGUACACGGCCGAUAGCGACGCCAGUCCGCGGCUAAUAUAUGACGCGCUCAUGAAGUUCCUCCAGCUCAAGUGACCACGUGAUCAAUGCUAUUGUGAAUUUUAGGAGUACUGACGAGUGUCAUUGUAAAAAUAUUCAUUGCUAAUAUAAUUCAGUUAGACUUUGUAGUAAGUUGGUAACAUAUCAACUGGAUAUUUGCAAAGCGACAACGAUAUUUUGAGGUGACUUCCGGUGCCCUGAAAUUUACCGAGCGAGACCGUUGUCUGGGUGACAAAAUAUUGGGCUGACAAAAUCUGGUAUGCCAUCAAAAAGAGGAGAAGUGACCACGUAACCCGACAUCCUUCCCGCAUCACAAUUAUUUGCUCAUUUAAUAUUAAGGUCUAUAAAUCACUUUUCAACAGAACAUUAUUUAUUAAAGACUGAGUGAUGGUAAUUUAUCGCGUUCAGUAAUCCACGCUUGCAUUCUAGACGUCACUUUCGUUACGCUUCACUAGAGUACGCCGCAACAACUAGUGAUUUACGUCAUCAUUAUUUUAUUAACCGGCUUCAAAAAAAGAAGGCGGUUAUUUUCAAUAACGUGUUCACGAAUUUAAAAGCGCAAUUACGAUAAUGCUCGGAUAUCUCGGACCCCGUUCGAGUACUACAUAAGCGUAGAAUAAUUGAAUAUUCUUUCAGAUAAACUAAUUUAUCUAGAAAGAGUAUGGUGCCAUUUAUAAGUGAAAGUGUAAAUUGACUCAAUACUCGCUCUCUUGUUAACUUAAGUAGUUAAUAAUGCCAUUAAGUAUCGAUUAAACAUUGAGAAAUGCA